AUGCAGGGCCUUUUGAGACGAUCCUGUACACAUUCAAUUCGCAGAUGUCUUUAUAACGAUUCGCAGGCGACCAAAGCCGCGAAUUUGGGCGCGAUGACAGAAUAUUUGAGCUCGGAGGCGGUGCCCUACAUGCUGAACACGACUUUGAAGCCAGAAGUGUUGGAUCGUGAGAUAAAGCUUAGGCUCCUGCCUACGCAGCACUCUUACUGGCCAACUAUCUCGGGACGUACGAAGUACAAGCACUCAAUGACGGCAAUUGGCCUGAUAGUGCGAACGUUGAUGCUGCACAAUCAUAGCAUCCUACACGUCAGUGGUGUUGAAACCAUCAGCGGUACCAGCAAGGGACGACGGUACAAUACAAUUACUGAGAACGAUAAGGUUGUUAUACACUGGCACAGCUGUAAAGGGGACUCCCUUGAAAUGAGUCCCGAGGAUCAAGCUUCGCAGGCGAAGUCCGAGGCCUCUGAUAUACACCGCAAUAACAGUACAAAACGGGAAGGCGAGCCGCGUUUGGACCCUAGCCACGCCAUGUGGCAGUAUAUUCUGAACCCGGGCCAAAAGUUCUCGCAAGAAAUGUUUUCUCAAAAUAACUUGAAAGCUGAUCGGGAAAGCUCUCGCACUAUUUAUGGCAUUUUCGUCUUUGAGCUCAACCACGACAAUACUAGGGUCCUCGUGCAUACCAUAGACAAUGCUGAGUUUUCGGAAAAGCCCAAAAAACACCCUACAGGUGCUCUCGCCUGUUAG